UAUUAGAGACUUGAAAGGACAAAGAUGAAUACUGCUUAAAACCGGUUGCAGCUAUGAAUUAGCAUUACAUUCUUUAUUGUUGACAGUUGAAAAGCUCCCCUUCGAUCAGGUUCUAAGCAUUCGAUUUCAAUUUACUAUUUCGUGACCGAGGUGUUUAUUGUUUCAUAGUCAGUUGAAGUACGCAAAUGCAAUGGACAAGUUGAUUUUGUGGGCUUCCUUGUAUUGGUGUAUCCCAGCUAUAAUCUCAGGAGCCAGCUUACCCGAAGAUGUUGAAAAGUGCCAUUUCGGAGACACAACCUGCCUGGUCAGAAGUAUCAAUGCAUUGAUUAAGCACUACCCCAAGGGCAUUCCCGAGAUAGGACUCCCGCCGCUGGACGCCUACAACUUUUCCGAUUCUGUCAUUAUGGAAUCCCCCAGUCACGGUCCUAUCUGGAUGGACUUUCGAAUGCGAAACAACGUGAACAAGGGAUUCAAUAAUGCCACAAUCACCCACGUCGAGGGCUUCCUGUACGAGCCCAAUCAGAAGCAAAUUGUGCUGCAGGUCCGUUUGCCGCGUCUCUUGCAUGAGGCCACCUACGAAAUGAGUGGCAGGAUUUUAUUAUUCGCCUUCAAUACCACUGGGAAGUUGUCAUCCGACUUUCAGAACUUCCGGAUUACCCUGACCAUCAAGGCGUUGGUGGAGUACAGGAAUGACAAGCGCUACCUGAAGAUCUACAGUCUGGUGCCCAGCCUCGACUUGGAUCGAUGGAUCCUAUGGUUGGAUGGGCUGUACAAGGAAAACACGGACGUGAGUCUUUUCAUGAAUAAGCUGGUCAACGAUAACUGGGUGGAGUUAUGGAAUGAGUUGCAGCCCCCCCUAGUCAAAUCCUUCACCGAUGCCUUUAGUGUCCUGCUAAACAAGGUGUUCCAGAACGUAGCCUACGAUGAUAUGUUUCUUCCUCACGUUGACUUUCGGUUGGGGUCCUAGUAAAAGCGCCUACGUAGGUAUGAUUGCCUUAAUGCACAUUUACUACUAGAACUUUUAUUGAUAUAUUUCAAGGUUCAAGGUUUGUAGAUCCUGGAAACCCCAAUAAACGUGUAACUUUGCUUUGCAA